AUGGUGCGGCUUUGCUCGUUGGCUUCAAUGCUGCUGAUGGUCCCAGUGAUAACCCCUUGGUUCAUCACAGUUUCAGCCAGUAACACUUCAGAAACAAGAAGCUGCUCGGACUGCCACAGCAACGCCACCUGCGUGGAAGAUGGGGUGGCCACAGCCUGCUCCUGCCUGGCGGGUUUCACUGGCGACGGCUUCCUGUGCACAGACGUGGACGAGUGUGCCACGCCUGGAGCAUCCAACUGCUCGGCGGGCAGCAGCUGCGUGAACACGCCCGGCUCCUACAUCUGCCUCUGCCCCGUCGGCUUCCGCUUGACUCCCGGGCAUGGCUGCACCGACGUGGAUGAGUGCGCAGAGCCGGGUCUCAGCCGCUGCCACGCCUUGGCCACCUGUGUCAACGGCGAGGGCAAUUACUCGUGCGUGUGCCCCGCGGGCUACGGCGGGGACGGGCAGUACUGUGAGUGCCAGCCGGGCUCCUGCGAACCCGGGCUGGACUGCUUGCCAGCCGAGGAGGGCGCGCGCGUGUGCGUCGAUCCGUGUCAGAUGUACCGCACCCUGAAUGAGUAUUGGCGCAGCACCUCCUACCGGGCGGGCUACACCUGCGACUCUGGCCUACGUGGCUGGUACCGCUUCUUGGGCCCGGGCGGCGUGCGCUUGCCAGAGAGCUGCGUCCCGGUGCUGAGCUGCAAUACGGCCGCGCCCAUGUGGCUCAACGGCACGCACCCGUCCACCGACCAGGGCAUCGUGAACCGUACGGCCUGCGCGCACUGGAGCGACAGCUGCUGUCUAUGGGAUGUGCCGGUCCAGGUGAAGGCCUGCGCCGGCGGCUACUACGUCUACAACCUGACAGCGCCCCCUGCGUGUCAUCUGGCCUACUGCACAGACCCCAGCUCUGUGGAGGGGAGGUGUGAAGAAUGCAGCCCAGAGGAGGACUGCGUAUCAGAUAACGGCAGAUGGCGCUGCCAGUGUAAACAGAACUCUAACAUUUCAGACAUCUCCCAGCUGGAACCCAGACUGGAGUGUGGGACCAAUGACAUCAAAGUGUCCCUGGACAAGUGCCAGCUGAAGAAUCUAGGUUUCGAGAAUAUCUUCAUGUACCUACAGGACAACCGAUGCCUGGGCUUCAAUGAGAGGAGUGACAGGGACUGGGUGUCCGUGCUGACCCCAGCCCAGGAUGGCCCCUGUGGAACUGUUUUGAUGAAAAAUGAAACCCACGCUACCUACAGAAACACCCUCUACCUAGCAGAUAAGAUCAUCAUUCGAGAGCGCAACAUCAAGAUCAACUUUGCAUGCUCCUACCCUCUGGACAUGAAAGUCAGCCUGAAGACCUCACUGCAGCCAAUGGUCAGUGCCCUCAACAUCAGUGUGGGCGGGACAGGCAUGUUCACUGUGCGGAUGGCCCUCUUCCAGAACCCUGCCUACACACUGCCCUAUCAAGGCUCCACCGUGACGCUCUCCACCGAGGCCUUUCUGUAUGUGGGCACCAUGCUGGAUGGGGGCGACCUGUCCCGCUUUGUCCUGCUAAUGACCAAUUGCUAUGCCACACCCAGCGGUAACAUCACAGACCCUGUGAAGUACUUCAUCAUCCGUGACAGAUGUCCACGUGCCGAGGACUCAACCAUCCAAGUGGUGGAGAACGGAGAGUCCCCUCAGAGCCGAUUUUCUGUCCAAAUGUUCCGAUUUGCUGGAAACUAUGACUUGGUCUACCUGCACUGUGAAGUGUAUCUCUGUGACUCCAUGAAUGAAAAGUGCAAGCCGACCUGCUCUGGGACCAGAUUACGCAGUGGGGGCCUCAUAGACCAAUCCCAUGUCCUGAACUUGGGUCCCAUCACUCGGAAAAGUGUCCAGGCCACAGUGUCCAGAGCUGCUCCCGGCCACUCAGGCCAACACCUGGUGUUUGGCCUGAGCGAGUUCAGCACAGUCUGGGGGAGCCUGGAGCAGAAGAGGCUUGCCCUCUGUGACUAUGCUGCAGGGUCACCAAGAAUCCUGAAAGCCUGGUUGCUUCUGUUGGCCACAUUGACCCAGAUGUUGCAGUAA